AGUGGAAGACAACUUGUGAAAAGUUUGCAUCACAUUUCUACCGAGAAAACUGUUACCUUUUCUUCUCGUUUGGAUGACUCUGAAUUAAUUAAGCGGAUGUGGUAGAUAGAAUAGUCGAAUGAAACUCAAAUUUGUACCAGUACAUCUUUCUAACAUUGAUUCCUUUUAGAAAGGCGAAGUUAAGAUUGAUUAUUAAAUCGAUGUUUAUUAGCUUAAUAUUUUUUAUGUUCAUUCGAAGAAACUGCAAAAAUGGUGGGCACUAUAUACACGAAAAAAAGGGUUAUGUUUACUGUUACAACUCGGAAUGCAAACGCGAAGCCAUGUGUGGUCACGUAGAAGUUCCGGAUGAAUAUGCAGCAGAAUGUUACCUAAAGUACUAUGAGGAUUUUUAUAGACGUUAUGACAAUGGAACUGGUAUACCGUCCAACGGUUACGUACUAUUGGUUGACGCAGCCGACACUGGAGCAUGCUUAGGUGGAGCAGCCGCUUUCGCAUCAUCGUGUAGUAUGGAUCCCGAAACUGAUAGACCAGUUAUUGGAUACGUCAACUUGUGUUCAAGUAAGAUGGAUAUCACAUAUCCUGGGGUUAAAAAUACACUGGGAGUCCUCAUUCAUGAGAUUGGCCAUGCCCUCGGAUUUUCGGCUUACAAUUUCCCCUUCAUGCGUUAUCCAAGUGGGAAACCUCGAACUCCCAGAGGUAAAGAUAAGAUGCCGCUAAAAAAGGACAAGUAUGGCUACUACCUCCCAAGUACGAAUACAGUCAAAAUGAUCACAAGAAGUUGGAGGAGCGUAGCGGGAACCUUCACCAAGACAUUCGGUUCCAUGGUAACUCCUGCGGUGUUGCGAGCCGCUAGAGCACACUUUGGAUGUAAGACGUUAAAUGGAGCUGAUUUGGAAAACCAAUAUCAAAGUCCACUUGGAUCUCAUUGGGAAGGGAGAAUAUUUCACGGUGAAAUAUUGGCUGGAAGAAUACAAAUAAACUAUGCAGUAUCUAACGUCACUCUUGCCUUCUUUAAAGAUUCAGGUUGGUAUAAAGUUAACUAUCGCAAGGCCAUGGAGUGGCCAUAUGGCAAAAAUCUGGGAUGCAACUUUGCAACGAAAAGUUGUUAUGAAUUCGCUGAAAUUCAAAGAGGAAAGAACCAAACAAUCGCUCCAUUCUGUGAUAAUUCUAAAAUAACUUGUAUGGGUCCAUACGCUUAUGGGAUGUGCAAUAUUUUAAUAUACGAUCAGCCACUUCCAGUAGAAGAUCGCUUCUUUGCAACCGAUCCAUACGGUUCUGGUCAAGAAGGUAAAUAUUUUGGAGGUGAAGAUCCGUUCCAAGACUACUGUCCAACACAAGUAUUCGUAACCAGUUUGGGACCUGAAUACCCUGUGAAUUCUUUCUGUACUCAUACGGAGAACAUUGAGAAAUCGAAGAAAGGAACUAACUACUUUUUUCAAACGUACGGUACCAAAGCAAUCUGCAUAGAAAAUCGACCAGACUGGGUGUAUGAAGACUCGUAUCAACACUCGUUGCCUGACGAUUUGUUGGGAACAUGUCAUCGAUAUGAAUGUACCAGAGACAAAAGACUGGUAGUCUUGUUUAAAGACUCACGCGUAACAUGUCCAAAGAAUGGUGGAGAACACAGAUUCAAUGUAACUGACGGAACAGCUCGUCUAAGUGGAACUAUAAUAUGCCCUAAAUCGACAAAAUUUUGUAAGUGAUUGAGCUGUUCUACGCUCGUGAAUGAAGGUAUUACUGACAACCUGAAGAUAACCAUAAGAUGAAUAACAGUUCAAUUUUAUAACUGACAUAUAUAUUAUAAAUUCACUGAUUAUCUCAUUUUACUGGAAUUAAUGUUAGCACAAAAAUGAACAAAGCAGUAAAACACUG